ACAAAAAAAAGAAGGCAAGGGAAAGCAAAUUAAAAUUGAUGAAAAUGAUCCUUAUAGAAAAUAGUUAAUGGAGAGGUCCUAUGUCAGAAUUGCAAGAUGGAUAUAUGAUACUGGAAUUCCGUUUAAUGUAGUCAAUAAUGAAAGUUUUGCACCAAUGAUUGAAGCCAUAGGACAAUUUGGUCCAGGUUUGAAACCACCAAGUUACCACAUGAUUCGGAUUCCUUAUCUCAAGAAAGAAGUGAAUCAUGUCCAUAAGUUGAUGAAGGAGCACAAAGAGGAUUGGGCAAAGUAUGGAUGUUCUAUAAUGUGUGAUGGGUGGACGGAUAGGAAGCAUAGAACUUUGAUUAAUUUCUUGGUGAAUUGUCCUAGAGGAACCAUGUUUCUUGAGUCUAUUGAUGCAUCUAGUUACUCAAAGGAUGCAAACAAGAUUUUUAGCUUGCUUGACAAGUUUGUUGACAAAAUUGGAGAAGCUAAUGUGGUCCAAAUUGUCACCGACAGUGCUGCAGCAAAUGUAUUGGCAGGGAAGUUUUUGGAGGCAAAGAGACCCCACUUGUAUUGGACACCUUGUGCAGUCCAUUGCAUGGAUUUAAUGUUGGAAGACAUUUUCAAAUUACCCAAUUUUAAGAAAACAUUUGAAAGGGCAAUUGGGGUACACGGUUAUAUUUAUAAUCGUCCAUCUUUGUUGAAUAUGAUGAGGAGUUUCACUCAAUUGAAGGAGUUAGUGAAGCCUACUAAAACCCGAUUUGCAAAAGCUUUCUUAACUUUGCAAAGACUUUAUCAACAAAGGAACAACUUGAGGAAGAUGUUUACUUCGGAAGAGUGGACCAAAAGCAAAUGGGCGAAGGAGCCGCAGGGUAAGAAGACAGUUCAAAUAAUGCUAAUGCCUUCAUUUUGGAAUCAUGUUCACCUUGCCCUGCAGUUUUCAUGUCCUCUUGUUCAUGUACUAAGAAUGGUUGAUAGUGAAGAAAAGCCUCCAAUGGGAUAUAUUUACGAGGCUAUGGAUAGGGCUAAAGAAGCUAUUGCAAAUGCAUUCGAUGGAAAGGAAGAGAAGUAUAAAGAGAUCUUUGAAAUCAUUGAUCCAAUGUAG